CCUCUCUAUCCCCACUCUCUGUUAUAUUAUCUACAGCUACUGAUCCCAUUUCCAUCACCACUUCAGAAAGUCAAAGUAGUAUCAUCAUGGCCUCGGAACGUGUCGCUUGGAUUGGCUUGGGUAACAUUGGGCGCGGUAUGAGCCGUAACAUCGCCCUAAAGGGACCCCAAACGACCCCCCUGGCUCUUUACAACCGUACUGCAUCAAAAGCCACCGCGCUAGCCGAGUCUCUGGGCGUUGAGAAAGCCUCAGCCGUUUCGUCCCUGCCCACCGCAGUUCAAAAUGCUACCAUUGUCUUCAUCUGCGUGGGGGACGACCAUGCUCUGGACCAGAUCGUCGACACUCUCAUCAACGAUGCCUCUGUCAAAUUGGCUGACAAAAUAAUUGUGGAUUGUUCCACCGUCCACCCUGACACGUCGCGACGCGUCCACAAGACCCUAGCCGCGCAGGGCGCCGCAUACAUAGCCUGCCCGGUGUUCGGGGCGCCCAAUAUGGCAGACGCGGGCAAGCUGCUGGUCGUACCAGCCGGGGCGGCAGCGGCUGUGGAGCGCAUCCGACCAUUUCUGGACGGUGUGGUCGCGAUUGCAACUAUGCCAGCGGGUGACGACAGCGACGUGGGCCGUGCGACGCUACUGAAGGUACUGGGCAAUACGUUCAUUCUCAACACUGUUGAGACGCUAGCGGAGGGAAUGGUAGCGGCGGAGAAAUCAGGACUGGGCGUCGAGACGUACCAGAAGUUCAUCAAUAUCGCGUUUCCUGGACCGUUCGCCAAGUACGCUGACCGGAUGGCCAGCGGUGAUUACUACCAGCGCGCGGAGCCGCUGUUUGCUGUUGAUCUUGCCCGGAAGGAUCUUCGCCAUGCGGCCAGCUUGGGUCAGGAUGCUGGCAUGCGCUUGCGCAGCGUAGAGGUCACAGAUGGGUAUCUGAAGGAGGUCAAAGCGGAGCGUGGGGAAAAGGGCGACAUUGCGGGAGUUUAUGGUGCUAUUCGGAAGGAAUCGGGGUUACCGUAUGAGAGGGAGUGAUUGGUCCUUCCAUGGGACUGAUCCCAUAGGGCUACGGUCCAUGGAGUACAUAUCUGAAGGGGCGUUGCAAUUCGACUAAGCCAUAUAGAUGGGCAAUCACCAAUGUCCACCAUGACGUCAUUGGGGUAGCAUGGAAUCUAGGGCUAGGAUUGAUGAUCUGUCAUAUCCUCUAUACAAUAUUGAGCUUACCAUAAAUUAGCAAGUCAAUAUCGGU